AUGUCAUCCUGGAAAACCGAACCGUGUAGUGUCGCCGAUGCCCCCGCUUUAGCCGACAAUAAUAUGUCAGCAUUCUGGGAAGACCCAACAUGGAUCCUUCUGUGGCCCAAGGAAAUCACCCUGGAUUACCUGAUCUCCCAAUGCGCAAAGCGAUACCCCAAGAUCCUGCUGAGCUCUCGCCAAAACACCCGUCACAUGAAGGCUGUCGAUCCAAUGACGGGCGAGUUGGUCGGAUAUGCGCGGUGGAUUUUACCGGAUAGCCACCUUGUUGCGGAAGAUGGGACUCCGCAGUGGGGGGAGGCGCAGAUCCCGGACGUGAGUGAGGAGAAGAAGAUAGGAUUCCAGGCAUUAGCGGAGUCGGCGUGGUGGAGUGGGAGAAGCGAUAUGCAUUCCAUCGAUGACCUUAAUGAUGAGGUUAUGCAUCGGAUACUGGUGCAGAGGCCGUAUAUGAAGCUUGACUAUCUGGCGGUUCAUCCUAAGAAUAAGGGUAAAGGCAUUGCGACGGCUCUGGUUGCUAGCGGUGUCAGGGCGGCAGAAUCAAUCAGCCUGCCGAUUGUUACGAUGUCAUAUAAGGCUGGUCGUGGGGUGUACGCACGCUUGGGGUUUAAGGAGGUGGAUCGAGUCAUUCAGGAUGACUCGCAAUAUGGCGGUGCUGGUGAAUAUGGGGCGUACUUUAUGAUACGGGAUAUCGGCAACUGA